AUGCAUGCAUUUCAAAAGCCAAAUGUUCAAUCGGCCACCGAAUCAUGGGGGGAAAUGGUGCCGUCUAAAAUCACAGAAAGGGUCAAAUUGGACAUUCACAUGCUGCGUCUGCGUAAUGCCAUCGAUCCAACGCAGCAUUAUAAGAAAUUCGAUGCAAAAGAUCUAUCAAAAACAUUUCAGGUUGGAACUAUUAUCGAUGAUGCUACUGACUUUUAUUCGCUCAGAUCCACAAAGAGAGACCGCAAAAAAGACAUUAUAGAUUCGAUCCUUUCAGACCCCGCGUCCAGGACGUAUUACAAUCGGAGAUUCAAAGAUCUCCAAAUGCACAAGCAAAAGUCUGCCAAAGAUUUAUAUAGGAAACGCAUGCAAGCAGCGCUGCCAUCCUGGAAAUUCAAAUCUAACUUCAAAAACUACAAUUUAAAGCGGUUGCUUGUUGCACUGCAAGGGUAUAAAUUUUUUUUUCCUUUAAAUUAUCCAACAAUGGGUCGCAUGCAUUCGCCAGGGUAUGUUUCCUCCAUAGGUAUCUCUGACUCUGCACUACCAUAUCGCCGUUCUGCUCCAUCAUGGGUCAAGACCACUUCUCUUGAAGUUUCAGACCAGAUUUUCAAGCUUGCAAAGAAAGGUCUCACCCCAUCAUCCAUUGGUGUUGUGCUCAGGGAUCUCCACGGUAUUCCGCAAGUUAAAAGCAUUACAGGAAAUAAGAUUCUCCGUAUUCUCAAAGCUGGUGGACUAGCCCCGGAAAUACCCGAGGAUCUCUAUCAUCUGAUCAAGAAGGCAGUCUCUGUUCGUAAACAUCUUGAGCGCAAUCGCAAGGAUAAAGAUUCCAAAUAUCGUCUUAUUCUAAUUGAGUCGCGCAUUCAUCGCCUUUCCCGUUAUUAUAAGAAAUCCAAGCAACUCCCAGCUGUCUGGAAGUAUGACUCGACUUCUGCUUCGGCCAUUGUUGCUUAA